GUCUUUCCCACCCCACAGUGCCGACAAUCCUCCAUCACCACCCACAGCAACAUUGGGGUCGGAGCAUGCGCGGUGACGGCGGCCCGGCCCCCCUCCAUGGCGGAUGUGUUGGAGUGAAGACGAGAUAACCGGUACAGAGAAGAUUCAAGACAUUGUAAGGGAAUUGGACAAUUAAGUGGAUUGGCUAACGAACAGUGAAUGGAUUUUAGUGUAAGUAAAUGUGGUUAUUUCUGAGAUGGCAGAAGAUGUCAGUGAAGGUGAGAUUGGUAUUGAGAGAAGUACUACAUUAUUGGGACCAAAUGCUGAUAUAAAUGAGGAUUCUGAAGCAGAACAUCAAGUUUUCCAGCAAUUAGCCUGGAUAGAUGAUGGAGAUUCUGCGUUUGGAAGGAAUGAUCCAAUCACUGUCAUUCCUAUCACAGUUCACAUUACCGAUGACUCUGCUACUUCUCAGAAUCCGACAGUACAGGUGUCCCAGCAAGCACCAACUCUGUCUACUGCGCCGUUUCAGCUGAUGGAUCAGAAUGGACAGCCGAUCCAGUAUGAACUUCAGUCACUGGGGGAUACAAAUGCACGCAUGAUGAUUGUUACCAGUCAGUCAGAGAAUGGCCAGGUGCUGCAUGUGAUUCCUUCCAACCCACCCAGCGUUACUCAGGUGCUGAUACCACAGGGACAGAUUCUCGAUGUCACAGAUUCACAUGAUGCAACAGAUGACAAACAGAUAAGUGAUGAACUUCAGACAGUGACUGUAGCAGCGAUAGCAGACAACAGUGGCUACGUUUUGCACCCACCCUCUUCGUUAACUUUGCCCAAAAAGACCUCACUCAGAAUGGUUGAAGAUAAUUUUCCUGUCCCACUACAGCCACUGCCAAACAACACCCCUGCCUGGGCCCGACGACUCCGAAGCUGUGAGAAAAUUGGAGACUCCUAUCGUGGGUAUUGUGAGAGUGAAACUGAAUUGGAAAAUGUAUUAACUGUUCACAAGCAGCAAACACAAAGUGUUUGGGGAACACGACAGUCUCCAAGCCCUGCUAAACCUGCCACUCGGCUGAUGUGGAAAUCUCAAUAUGUACCAUAUGACGGAAUCCCAUUCGUCAAUGCAGGAAGCAGGGCUAUUGUCAUGGAGUGCCAAUUUGGACCAAGGCGCAAAGGAGUUCAACCUAAGAAAAUAGAACAAGAGAGCAUCUCAAAUCAGUAUUAUAAGGCAACCUGUGCUGCACGGAUCUACAUUAAAAAAGUGCGGAAAUUUCCAGAAUACAGGGUUCCCACAGAUCCUAAGAUCGAUAAGAAGAUUAUUCGACAAGAACAGGAAAAGGCCUUCAAUAUGUUGAAGAAAAAUGGAUUUGAUGUAGGAGGAGUUGUCAGGUGGUAUGUACAGUUACCCACACCACAAGCUCACCAGUACCAUGAUCAAGAUGGUUCUUAUUUACCAACGCCUCCACCACCACCCCCACCAUCAUUUGUUUCUGUUGAAGAGGACGAUGUUGGAAUGAUGGAUGAAAAUGGGAUAUUGCCUUCGCGUCUACACCCACGUGUUACUGAGAAGAUUAGAGAACUGGUCGCUCAGGGAAUUGACCAGGUGUACAUGGUCCGGAAGCAGUUAAGAAAGUUUGUGGAAAGAGAAUUAUUUAAACCUGAUGAUGUUCCUGAAAGACACAAUCUCUCCUUCUUUCCAACUGUCAAUGACAUCAAAAACCACAUCCACGAAGCACAAUUAGCACUACAGAGAGGCGAGCUGGAGUAUAUAUCCGGAUCAAUGACUGCAGCGCUGCAAUGGACGGCUUCCAAUGGGAGUCUUCAGACAGAGACAGUCACAGUCACACUUGCAUCCACACAAGGAGAUGAAAGUACUACAGCUGAUUCAAUCAUCACAAAGGUGGAGUCAGCCCAGAUGGUGAAUACACUAUCUCCAGAGACAAACCAACUUUCACCUUCACUUACCUCACUGCAACCAAAGCUUUUUGCACAGUUACAGGGCUUACAGUUACAGCCAGCCUUUGCUUCUGAUGCAGCCCAAGCAGUUGUUACAUUGAACUCCCAUCAACCAGGCAUCAGCAGUCCUUCCGCAGUGCCAGAAACCAGCAGCCCUACUACACAGCAGCAGCAGGUUUUCAGUCAAGCACACUUUCUGCAACUCAGCAGCUCAUUGUCGGAAUGUGACUCUGCAGCUUCCACCUUGGUUGGUGUGUCAGUAUCUGAGCAGAAUAUGGUCAGUAUGGGACAGCUGGUGACAGUAGGAGCAUCUGUUGGUGGAGACACAGGCGUUGAUAGAGGAGUUCAUCAGAUAUUGCUUGGAUCUGGGCAAACCAUCCCUGUACAGAUCAUGGAAACCUCAUCACCUUCCACAGUUGCUCAGGGAAGCCGUAUCAGCCACAUCAAAGAGGAAUCUGAAGAUGGGAGUCUAGCUGUAGCCAGGACCUGCAUGCCUGAGAUAGCUGGACCAGGAGACUGAAGAUCUUCAUCCACUUCAUGUAUACAACUAAAGAAACUGGUGGUUCCCAAUGAUUAAGCAUCCUGGUGCGGGGAGAUUCCUGAGCUAUCAUGGAAUAUACAAGAGGUCCUGGUGGCAGACAAAGACCGGGUUGAAGUUUGCAGUACAGUAAUGGAAAUGGGUUUGUAUGCUUUGAAAGGAGAGAACUUUUUUCAUUUUUGCCACAUGCAUGAACCUUCUGCUCAGCCUGCUUUGUAAGAAUGAACAUUAAGGGCAUUUGAACGUAUUAACAAUAAUUAACUGCUCAGAGCUGCUUAAUGAAAUAUUCUCAGUUUUACCGUCUACCUUGUAUGUAUCCGUGAAAAACACAUUGCCAGCUGGUGUUGGAGCCAUGCCAGCAACAUCAGGAUCAUCAUAAGUAUACAUUUUACUGCAAGGCUGCUGCCACUUGGUAUUAUCUAUUGAUUUUUCUGGUGCUGGUACCAGUUCUGAUGAAAAUACAUGAAUUAAAAGCAUGCUGGAUCCGAUCAGACUAAAUAUUUAUUCACAAAUGUACGGAAACAGUGGAAAAUGUGGAGUGAUUUGUACUGGCUUUGGUGCCAGAAACGGAGCCAUGUUUGAGGUCUCAUGUUAUCUUCAGAACUGCAGAGAGGAAGUCACUCAGGAUUUUCCGGACAUACAGCAUGCAGAGCUUGAACAUGCAAUUAGGUUUGAAUUCUGAGCUCUAAGCCUUGGAAGUUCAGUACCAGAAAGUAUUCUUCUGAAACCUGACAUGAGUGGACGUUUGUUACCAACUUAUUUGCUGGGUUCCGAGCAGCAGCAGUCACUACUAUGUAUUGGAAUGUUUGCUCGUUACUUAAAGUAGCAAGAACCCAGAGAUGCAAAAUUCCAAUUAAAAAAGAUUUUUAUUUCUUUAACUCUUAUUCAAAAAGAUGUACAUUGUAUUUGAAGAUUAACUCUCCCUCUUGGACUGUUGGGAGGGGAAAGACAAUUCUGGGAGAAUUGUAUUGCUCUUACCGAGUAAGCCAGUGAAAUUGUGAUUUGAGAUUUUUU